CUGCGGAACGCGCUGCAGUGAGUGUGUGCGGGGGCGAAAGCAGGAUGGUGUCUCCUACGUUUAAGCGAAGCAUAGUCCUCGUGGCGUUUUCCGUGUCUCUGACACUAAUCCUGGGCUUCGGACUGCCGGCUAUUUUAAACAGCCUGGCCAGGUACAGCGGGUUUCCCGAGGCCAGCGUAGCCGAAUGCAUCGUUGUGGUGUAUUUGCUGUUUGUGCUGUACGUGGCGAUGCCCCCCAUUCCCAGGGGCUCCGUGAAGAUUGAGGGAAAAGCAGUGUUCAUUACCGGCUGUGACAGUGGAUUUGGAUUUUCGCUGGCCAAGCACCUGCAUAAGCUGGGUUUUACAGUCUUUGCGGGAUGCCUUCUGAAGGAUAAGGGUGGAGAUGGGGCCUCGGAGCUGGAGAACAUGUGUUCCGAGCAGAUGAAGGUGCUGCAGUUGGACGUGUGCAGCGAGGAGCAAGUGGCCCAGGCUGUGGCAUUUGUGAAGGCCAACUUGGAAGAUCCCGAGAAAGGUCUAUGGGCCGUGGUGAACAACGCCGGGGUGUCCACGUUCGGUGAGGUUGAGUUCACCAGCAUGGAGACGUACGAGCAGGUUAUGGACGUGAACCUGUGGGGGACCGUCAGAGUGACCAAAGCAUUCCUGCCCCUCAUCCGUAGGGCUAAAGGUCGAGUGGUGAACAUAGCCAGCAUGUAUGGUAGAAUGGGCAACGCCCUCCGUUCACCCUACUGCGUCUCCAAGUACGGGGUGGAGGCCUUCUCCGACUGUCUUCGCUAUGAGAUGAAACGCUGGGGUGUCAAGGUCAUCGUCGUUGAGCCCGGGAACUUCAUCGCAGCCACAGGCAUCCUGAACAGGGACAUCGUUGCCGCCACGGCAGACAAGCUAUGGAAGGAGGCGCCUGCCGAGGUCCAGGAAGAUUACGGGAAGGCGCACUUCGAGCAGCACGUGGCCGUGGUGCGGUCCUACUGCAGCAGCGGACAGCGGGACGUAGCGCCCGUGCUGGCGGACAUCGCGGAUGCCGUCGUAUCCCGCCAUCCCUACACCCGCUACAACCCCGUGGAGGUACACUGGUGGAUCCGCAUGCAGAUCAUGACACACCUGCCGGCAGCCAUCGCUGACAGGCUGUACUUCUGACCCGGCCAAUUCAUUACCUGUGCAGGACCAAACCUUGCGAAAGUCCAUAAAAAUAAAGUGGACUCUUCGGCACUUUUACUCCUCCUAAAACGUCAGCUGAUAUUCAUCUAUUUUGUAAUAGAUGAAAACAAUCUGGUUUUCACAUCAUUUGUUAAAGUAGGACUCUAACACUGAGUCGCAGUGAUAGUGCAGGUUUGGUCCUCUGAUCCUGGAGUGGUCUGAACAGGAGAGUUUCAUGCAGUGGAAAUUUACCUUUUAACAUGGGAUCAUAACAAUCUUUGAAACUUUCGUUGAUUUCUAUGCUUUGUGACGUUAGAUCUGUAUUUUUAAAUGUGUUCAGUAGCGAACGGUUUAGUGUAACCCUUCCCUGUGCCUGUAAAGUCCACCCCUGUCCUACGGACACUUCGUGCCUUUGUGCGUUUCCUUUCAGCAACUAAGGCAUAAGGAGCAGUGAAACCACCCACUGCUUCUCUGGUGUGACCAGUUCUGGAAAAAUGAGUUUGACACUAUUUAGGGAGAGCUAUUGAUUGACUGCUUAGCUGUUACAUAAGCAAGAGAGGGUGACUGGCUGCUUUUUCUCCUGUGGAGGAGAGUUGGAGUGGCACUCGGGGCCAACUUUGUGCUUCCUGCACCAUGGCUGCAAAUCUGGUGUAAAAAAAAAAAAAAAAAAAAA